CUCGUUGCUUCGCAACGGUGUUGUAGUUUACUGCAGCUGUGGAGUGGAGAGCUUGAGGAGGAAGCGUGAUGGAGAACCUGGAAAUUGAAGCUCUUAGCCCUGAGCAGCAAGAAAAACUUCGAAAGUUCAAGAUACAGACGAGGAUUGCCAAUGAGAAGUAUUUGAGAAGUCACCCAGAGGUAGAGGUGUUGCUGAGUCACUUCUUGAGGGAUGUGUUUUUGAAGAGACCCGAGGACAUUCGUGAGUUUGCUGCAGAACAUUUCACAGACCCAGAACUUCCUCAGAAAAUACAGUCAGAACUGGAGCAAAAGGACGCCAAAUGACACAUUUCAAUAAAUUAUGUGAAAUAUCUUUUUUA